CAAUUUCAGACAUUUGAAAGAGUAGUCGUUCAAAAUAUCCUUCAUGGCUUGUCACCAUCUCUUUCUGAUGCGAUCGCCAGCGUCAGCCGAUGGAAACUGGUGCGAGCAGCACUUCCGCAUGUCAUACAAUGCUGCGGUUCCUUGUUGGAGGCUUCAGAUGGCAAGGGAUUAUCAGCAUCUCUGCAAAAGAUCCUGUACAUACUUCAUUGGAUGCUGUUGGACUCAGCAUCAGAAUGCGCUGAAGCUUCACCAAAAGAGGAAGUCUGUCAUACACGAGGACAGGGCCUCUUCUCACUUUCUUCAAUCCAACUUUUCGUCUACCUCAUCACUCCAUUGGCUGAAAUGGUCUCGGAGGAAGACAUCGCCGAUAACAUAAGGCUAGAAAGCGGAAUGAAGAUAUGGCAAGCUCUAUGGCAGUACCGACAACCAGAUGUUUGGUGCUUCACUGCACCAGUAAAACAGCGAAAAGACGAGCUACCACAGGUGACAUUUGUACGAAGGCCAACGGCAGCUUCUAUCCCACCCAAUCAGGGAAUUUACGUAGGUAAGAAAUAA